GUCGACGCGUCGUCCAAUGAAUCGCAGUUGCAAUCAGUUGCCAAACAUAUAGUCGACAUAUACAUUGUGUAUAUAUACUUAAAUAUAUGUAUAACUAGGCUAUAUAUUAACGAUCGUUUGGUUAAAACGCGAUCCCAUCACCAAUCUUGACGCAGUUUCCAAAUCGCUGGCGUUUCGAGUGCUUCAAUUUACGGUGCAGUACGAGCGCGUUUUUUCCGAUUCCGUGUUGAGCUUGACGUGAGGUAAAAAAAAUUAAAAUCAAAAGAUAAUAGACGGGCGGAAGUGUCAGUUAGAUGUAGUGCAUACGUAACCCAUAAUACCCAGGCACACAGAGCAGAGCAGACGUGGCAGAAAAAUCGAAAUACAACUUAAGCUCUUAGCUGUUGUUGUUUUUGUUCUUUGGCUUGCAUCGUGAUUGCAUUGCUCUGGUUGCCUCCGGUUAGCCCCAGCCUUUUGCCCGGUUUCCCAGCGGGCCAAGCCGCGAGUCUCUCCCGCUUCGCUUCACCGGGCAUAAUUGAAUUUGCGCGGCGCGAAAGGUGUAAGGGGCGGCGCUCGGCACCCUAGUAAAUUGACCUUGUCUAAUCCUCAACCACCCAACUUAACCGGCAGGUUGAAGGCAAACCCCCAAACACGGCUACAGCGGUGCAACGCAUUCAGAAACUGUUGAUGCAACAGCAGCUCAAACUGCUGCGAAAAUUCCAUCAAGUGACUGCAUUGGCAAAACGUUAAGCAUACGCCCCGUAGCCCCAUCGGACAAGCGAAUCCACAGUGAAAGUGAGAACGUGCCAGUGUGCGAGUCAGCGAAAGUGUGCGUGCGAGAGAAAGGGAGUGAGAGAGGGAAAGAGUUGAAAGUCAAGUGCAAAACUAAAAGCCAGAGUGCAAGCGUGCCCAUCACCAGCAUAAAACUGGGUAACUUUUGGCUUAUAAUUAGAGUCUGGGAAAUUUUCAGAUUACCUCUUCGCCAAAAUGGGUCCACCGAAUAUGACGGCAGCCGUGCACGGCACUGAGCUGCCACCGAAGACCACGGAGCGCUGCGAUGCGCCCCUCGAGCUAACUGGCUAUCGCAAAUGGCUGAGCGAUAAUCUGAUGCUCCUUGUCACGCUCUCCGGCGUCAUGCUGGGCGUCAUUUUGGGCCUCUCGUUGCGUCCGUUGCAGCUGCACGAGGACUCGAUUAUGCUGAUCUCGUACCCGGGCGAGCUGUUCAUGCGUGUGCUGAAGCUGAUGAUACUGCCAUUGGUUAUCUCCAGCCUGAUUGCCGGCUCGGCUAGCCUGAAUGCCAAGAUGAAUGGCAAAAUCGCGCUGCGUACUCUCGUCUAUUUCGCCACGACUUCGUUGUUCAACGCGGCGCUGGGCAUUGCGCUCGUCAUGCUCAUCCAUCCAGGCAAUCCGGAUUUGCACAAUGCAGACGAUCGGGCAUCGGACAAACGGGCUGUUAAGUUAUUGGACAGCCUCUUGGAUUUGGGCAGAAACGUAUUUCCGGACAACCUGUUCCAGGCAUCGAUACAACAGGCGCACACCGUCUAUCUGCCCAAGCCGAGCGUUUUGCACAGCUUGAACGAUACAGCCAACGAUACGGCCGUAGGCAUCGUGCACGGUGUGGAGGCACAACGUCAGAUCCCGGAGAUGGAGCCUGUGGUGCUGGUGAGGGAUGUGCAAUAUCGCAGCGGCACCAAUACGCUGGGCAUUGUGUUCUUUUGCCUCGUCUUUGGCACCGUCUUGGGCACCAUCGGGCAGAAGGGUCAGGUGGUUGUCGACUUCUUUGCGGCCGUAUUCGAGGUGAUCAUGAAGAUGGUGACGUGCGUGAUGUGGCUAACGCCGGUGGGCAUCAGUUCGGUCAUCGCUGGCAAAAUACUGAGUGUCGAUAAUCUGAGCCUGGUGAUGGCCCAGCUGGUGUGGUUCAUCAUAACGGUGGCCAUCGGUGUGGUCAUCUAUCAGCUAAUUGUGAUGCAGUUCAUCUACUUUGUGUUCGUGCGACGUAAUCCCUUCAAGUUCUACAAGGGCCUCAUUGAGGCCAUGCUAACCGCCUUUGCCACCGCAUCAACCGCCGCCGCUCUGCCGCUGACAUUCCGCUGCAUGAACGAGAAGCUCCGCAUUGAUCAGCGCAUCACACGCUUCGUCCUGCCCAUUGGCUGCAACAUCAACAUGGACGGCACCGCCCUCUUCAUAGCUGUCGCCUCCAUCUUCAUCGCCCAGAUGAGCGGCAUGGUGCUGGGCUUUGGUGAACUCUUGACCGUGCUGCUGACCUCCACGGCGGCCUCAAUGAGCUCGGCGAGCGUGCCGAGCGCAGCGCUGGUCCUGCUGCUAGUUGUCCUGACCGCCAUCGAUGCACCCGUACAGGAUGUGACGUUGCUCUUCGCCGUGGAUUGGUUUGUUGAUCGCAUACGCACAACCAACAACAUGCUAGGGGACUGCUAUGCCGCCGCUGUCGUCGAGGAGCUGUCGCGCAAGGAGCUAAUGGCCUUGGAUGCUGCUGCUGUCAAUUAUCCGGAUAUGCCCGCUGGCACACCCAAUGGGCAUCAUGUGGGCCUGCUGGAGGGGCAAACCGAGCUGGAAUCGCCCGGAAAAUGUCAAUUGAAUGACUCCGUAGUCGUGGACAUGAGCGCCGUAAUGAACAAUGUGAAUCUACAGCAGGAGCAGAGCAAUCGUCGGGUCUAAGCGAAUAAACAGGACUUCAAGCAGAAGCACCAAUAAGCACGUAGAUUACCACCAAUAGACCACAGUGUUCCCCCAAUAACAACAACAACAACAACAACA